GUUGGAGGAGACUAUUCUGGUCUGUGGUCUCUGAUAUUUCACACAGGAGCUCUGUUCAGUGAGUCCCUGAUUCCCUGACUGCUACUUUCUCUCACCAGCCUCUUCCAGCUCUAUGAUGGUCCUGCAGGCCCCUGAAGCCCCCUGGACAACAGCUCUGACGGUGUUACUGAUGGUGCUGAGCCACCCCAUGGUCCAGGGCAGGGCCACUCCAGAGAAUCACGUCUACCAGGGACGGCAGGAAUGCUACGCCUUCAACGGGACGCAGCGCUUCGUGGAGAGAUACAUCUACAACCUGGAGGAGCUCGUGCGCUUCGACAGCGACGUGGGGGAGUACCGCGCGGUGAGCGAGCUGGGGCGGCAGCAAGCCGAGUACUUCAACAGCCAGAAGGACGUCCUGGAGCAGAAGCGGGCCGUGGUGGACACCGGAUGCAGACAGAACUACGAGCUGGACGAGGGCUUCACCCUGAAGCGCCGAGUCCAGCCUAAAGUACAUGUGUCACCCUCCAAGAAGGGGUCCCUGCAGCACCACGACCUGCUUGUCUGCCACGUGACAGAUUUCUACCCAGGCAACAUUGAAGUCCGAUGGUUCCUGAAUGGACAGGAAGAAACAGCUGGGAUUGUGGCCACCGACCUGAUCCAUAAUGGAGACUGGACCUUCCAGAUCAUGGUGAUGCUGGAGAUGACCCCCAAACAGGGAGAUGUCUACACCUGCCACGUGGAGCACCCCAGCCUGAACAGUCCUGUCACUGUGGAGUGGAAGGCACAGUCUGACUCUGCCCGGAACAAGACCCUCACCGGGGUUGGGGGCUUCGUGCUGGGGCUCAUCUUCCUUGUAGUGGGCGUCUUCAUGCACAAGAGAAGCAAGAAAGCUCAACGAGGACCUUGAUAAACAGGGCUCCUGAUCUUACAGAAGACUCUCUGUGUCUUGGAACAAGGAUUUUUCUGCAUUUCUUUAGUCCCUGAGGCUGAUUCUGGGGCAGACCCCCAGCUUCCCAAGAAGAUGGUCCUGCAAAGUAAUUGCUCUGAAACCAGAGUCUAUAGCUCUGCUCUUUGACUCAAUGCAAAAGUUUCCUGAGGCUUUCAACCAAGUUCCUGAACUCCAUAAAUAAUUAAAAUCCAA